AUGGCAAUGAGAGCAGCCCUCCGUCACCAUUUCCGGGUACCCGUAGAAACGCUGGCCCUAGCCGGAUUCAAAUCUCAGCCAUGGAGCUUCUCUAGUUCUAUCCGGUUAAUGUCGUCGCAUGAUCAUCAUCUCACAAAGGAACAGAUUCCAUUCCCUUCAAAUGUGGCAACACAAGUGCAAGCUCAAUUUCGAGAUUUUUUUUUUUUGUAUCAAUUCAUCAAAUACUAUUUGGGGCCUUCAAUUGAUCGGGUGACUCCAGAUGUACAUUUCCAGAAAGAUCUGGGUUUGGAUAGCUUGGACAACGUAGAGAUUAUAAUGGCUAUAGAAGAGGAGUUCAAGCUGGAAAUUCCAGACAAGGAAGCAGUUAAGAUUGACUCCUGUAAUCUUGCUAUUGAGUAUGUUUAUAACCAUCCGAUGGCUGCUUGAUUUAGGCAUGGGAUUCUUGCCUUGAAUUUUGAGGAAAGCUGUGAUCUUCUUGUUUGUUCUUGUUUGGUGUCUGGUAUGGAUUUGAUCCUGGUAAUGGGUUGGAAAAUAAUGUGAAUCUGUUUGGUCA